UGUGAGAGCGAGUCCUUCAGUCCUAUAAUGAAAGCCUUUCUGAACCGCUUCCACACUGUCAGUCACAAACAAACGGUGGAUUAUUUUGUCCCUCUGCUGUUGAAAUACCCAAACUGACGCUUGAAACUGUUUGUCCAUAUUUAUUUUCAUCUAGAAGAUUAAAACUGUUUCUGAAUCAAAUCCGUUAUGGCGACUCGACUCUCUGAUCUGUUUGGAAACAGCCGGAUUAUUGCCGGACUGCUGGUCAAUUUGCUGUCUUCAAUCUGCAUAGUGUUCAUCAACAAAUGGAUAUAUGUGCACUACCGAUUUCCCAACAUGACUAUGACUCUCAUUCAUUUCGUGGUGACAUGGCUGGGGCUGUUUAUGUGUCAGAAGAUGGAUAUUUUCUCUCCCAAGAGUCUCAGACCCUCUAAAAUCAUCCUGCUGGCUUUGAGUUUCUGUGGCUUUGUUGUAUUCACUAAUCUUUCUCUGCAAAAGAACACUAUAGGAACAUACCAGCUGGCCAAGUCCAUGACAACACCUGUGAUCAUAGUCAUACAGACCAUGUACUACAGAAAGACAUUCUCCACAAAAAUUAAACUCACUCUAGUGCCAAUCACUCUAGGAGUUAUACUGAACUCUUACUAUGAUGUCAAGUUCAAUCUUUUAGGCAUGGUCUUUGCCACACUAGGGGUCUUCGUCACCUCACUAUAUCAAGUGUGGGUUGGUGCCAAACAGCAUGAGCUACAGGUGAACUCUAUGCAGUUACUGUAUUAUCAGGCACCCAUGUCUUCUGCAUUUCUCUUGGUUCUGGUUCCAUUCUUCGAACCGCUCACUGGAGAUGGUGGCAUCUUCGGCCCCUGGUCGUUCCAGGCCCUGGUGUUGGUCUUUCUAUCUGGAGUUAUCGCCUUCCUAGUCAAUUUGUCCAUAUACUGGAUCAUUGGGAACACGUCACCUGUUACCUACAACAUGUUUGGACACUUCAAGUUCUGCAUCACAUUACUGGGUGGGUAUGUGCUCUUCCAGGACCCUUUAUCUUUAAACCAAGGUCUGGGCAUCCUCUGCACCCUCAUUGGCAUCCUGGCAUACACCCACUUCAAACUGGCAGAGCAAGAGGAGGGCAAAAGCAGGCUCAUUCAAAGGCCAUAGGCUAGCUGAUGUGGCAAUCAAAUGAUUAAGCCAUCGUUCAGUGCCUGAUAGUGUUCAGGAUACAUAGCGAUGGCUCCUAUGUAGGGGCAUGAAGAGACUAACCAAACACGGACAGUAUGGAAGUAGAUUUAAGCCAUAGUGGCUAAGAACUUUUAACAGCAUUUCAAUGAACCACAUUCGUGUACUUUUAACAUUUCAUUUUUAUUUCAAGUAUUCAAUCUUGGCUGAACACUUAAAUGGAGCUGAUAGUUUCUAAGCAAAGCUCUUUAUCGUCAAGCACAUUUCCUUUUUAAUUUUUUGGGAUUUGUACAACAAUAAAACUUA